UGCUGUAGGGAGGAUAUGAUGAUUGACUAUGAGCGUUCCUCUCCAUUAGCCUGUGUGCCGGCUGAGAAGAGUGUGUGUGCGAGUGUGUUCGCGCCGCACACACCCACAGCGCACACUCUCACAGCCAUGCCCCAAAGAUACUCCCUACAGAGGAGGAAAGACAGACCGGCAGCGGCCAGGAGGAUGGACAGACGAGGCAGGGACUCCGGAAAGACCAACACCACCAAGGCUAGCCACAGCCACCGCUCCAAGAAGCUAGCCAUGCUCUCCAGGUCCCUGAUCCUCUGUCACUCCAGGACAAGUGAUGACUGCCCCAGCCCUGAAGAGAGGCAGCCAAGGGAUGGAUUGGAGGAGGAUGGAGGCUGGGGGAGAGAAGGUCAGGGGGACAAGUACUGGAAGAAGGUCCAGGAAGGACCCCAGGAAAGUGGAGGUCCUGUGCAGACUUCAACACAGUCAACCGUGAAGGCCAUCAACACAUUCAAGGCUACGGAAGAACACAAGAGGAGCAUGAGGAGGUCCUUCAGCAUCAAGGAGAGCAGUAUCUGGAGGAUGUGUGUGGCGUCGGGGGCUGGGGAGGAGGACCUGGGCCGGCGGGCCGGCGAUAGCGGCCAUCACACGGAGGACAACGAGCCCACUGUGGAGCGAGGGAGGAGGGGAGGGGGCGAGGGACACAGGACCAGUUCCUCUCACAGGACAGACAAGCUGGCACCAUUUAACGGACAGUGUCUGAAUGGCCAUGCCAGGACAGAGGGAGAGGGAGGGAGGCAGGCCGCCUCCAGGAACAUCCACAUAAAAGCCUACAGUGAGGAGAGCUCAGCUUGGGAGCACCGGCACAACCCCCCCAAGGGAGUAACACUUACCCCUCUGUGCUUAGCAGACCCCCUGGAAGUGACUAACUACACAGGGGCAGAACCAACUGGAAACAAUGAACACCUCAAGCUGUCCAUCACAGAGGUAAACGAGAACACUGACUGGGACACAGAGAAGCUAGAACUCGGACCGGAGGGACAGACGGUCUGCAAGAGGACCCGCUCCAACUCUACUAGUGUUCAUCCAUACUGGAUCGGUGACCUGGACACUAUCAUAAUGAAGACCCCAGAGCUGUUCCGGAGCAACACACAUGGGACUGACGGUUUCUAUGGCAACAGGAAGUCCCUGUCCCAGCAGCUGGAGUUUUCGCACAACCCCAACCAGCCCGUUCCCCGUCCCUCUCGCUCUCUUAGCUCCGCCCAUCUGGUCCACUCCAGCAGUAACGUCCGAGCUUUCGUCAUCUGUAACAUUGUGUUGAUGAAGGGCCACGGCAAGGGCCUGGGGUUCAGCAUUGUGGGCGGCAGGGACAGCAUGUACGGGCCAAUGGGGAUCUACGUCAAGACCAUCUUCCCUGGAGGAGCGGCAGACGCAGACGGGAGACUCCAGGAGGGGGAUGAAAUCCUGGAGUUGAAUGGAGAGUCUCUACAUGGGCUAACUCAUGAGGACGCACUGCAGAGAUUCAAACAAAUAAAGAAGGGCCUGUUGACUCUGACGGUGAGGACCAGCUUGCGCGUCAGCGCCCCCUGUGGCCAGGCAGCCGUAGCACAGCUGUGUCGUUCUCGCUCCCUUAGCUCCAGUACGGGCAUGGCCCGGGUCAGCGCUGACAUGGGGGACUACAACUACCUCAGCAGUGUCAACACACACAGCGACACACACAACAUCAAUGGAUCCCAGACUACCACAGUUAAACCCCGGGACCGAAUCAUGAUGGAGAUCACCUUACACAAAGAGGCUGGUGUGGGACUGGGCAUCGGGUUGUGUUGCGUGCCUUCUGGAGGUGGCUGCCCAGGAAUCUACAUCCACACCCUGUCCCCUGGGUCAAUGGCACACAUGGACAGUAGGCUCAGAUGUGGGGAUGAGAUCAUGGAGAUCAACGACACGGUGGUGUACAACAUGGCGCUGAACGACGUGUACACGGUUCUGAGUCAGUGUGCUCCCGGGCCAGUCCAGAUCAUCAUAAGUCGUCACCCAGACCCAAAAGUGUCGGAACAGCAACUGAAUGACGCCAUAUCCCAGGCUGUAGAGAACAGCAGACUGAAUGACGCCAUUUCCCAGGCUGUAGAGAACAGCAGACUGAAGAGGGACAAGAGUCUGUGUAGCAUCGACGGUCUACGCAGGUCUGACACCUGCUUUCAUGUCAGAGGGAAGUGUGAGCGCUGUGUAGAGAGGAGCUUCAGCCAACUGAAUGCCCGACGAGCCCAGAAAACUAUGACUCGCUCCUGUAGUGACAGCAAUGCAUACAACCAGAACCACCAUCCAAACCAUCGUCACAACCGUUGUCCCGGACAAGGACCCAACACCAACAACUGUCCGAACCAGACAGUACCCCACCACAACACACAUCAUAUCCUGAUGGAAAGGGUUCACAGCCUCGACGCCUCCAAGGGGUCCACAUCUGAGCCCUGGUGUGAUAACAGACUUUCUGCACCCAUCUACCCUGUUCCUGACGAUGACUACAAUGUCCCAUAUAACUCCCCAGCAGCCAACCUUUCCAACCAGCACACCUUGGACCUUAAGAAUGGAGUAAAUAAGAACAGACUCAAAGUCCCAACACCUCCACUGAGAUACUGCAGACGCCAGGAUGUCACCAGUGAAGAGGGGGUCCCUGGAGGUUCAGGGUACUCCAGUGGCUCCAGCAGAGGAUCCCCUGUUAAAGAGGACAGAUGGAGCCCCACACAAACCAACUGUCAGGAUGUGGAGAGUGAGACAGCAAGAGAGAGAGAACACUCAAGGGGAAGCAGAGAGACUUUUAUCCGGUCAGACACUCUCUCCGCCAACAUCACCGACUGUCAUCAGAACUCGUCCUACACAGCCGACAGACCACAAACAGGUACUGAGACUGCCCUCCACCUCUGCUCCCGGAGUAAAAAGCCAGCCCUAAAGAGGCAGGCUCGUGUGGAGCACCUCUCCCCAGAAAUCCUGCAUGACCCUUGGGUUAGGAUCUCAGACAGUCCCCCCGGUCCUGGAGAUCCUGGAGACCCCCAGCACAGCCUUUUGAAUCAUCCCAGUCCACACAGACUCAAUACACACUCCCACAGUAGCACACACCAGGGACAAACACAGCAACACAGCUCACACUACGUCGCCACACAUACUCCAUUGCAACCCAACACACACCAAAAAGACACACGCUCCGGAUUUGCGAUGAGCGAACACAGAGAGUAUGAUGAGCUUGCUAAACUUAACGGUACAUCCGAGCCUUCAGACCAGACCACGCCAUCCACCCCUCCCUCCCUAACCUCUACCCCCAGUCCCAGGCCUGAUGACUCCCCACGGGUAAAGAAGGGCCCACCGGUGGCCCCGAAGCCUGUGUGGAACCGUCAGAGCCUCAGGAGUAUUAAAAAGCCGGAGAUGACCAAACCCCUGGACAAGAGAGGCGGUGGAACGAAUUUUGGGGUAAGUCUGAGGUCCACCUCCACCAACCUGUCACUGAAACAGAAGAUCCAUUCAUUCGAGACAUUCUCUAGUCCUGAGGGUCAGGAGAAGGUUGCUAAUAGUAGGAGGCCCAUUGGGCCUUCCACCUCCCUACCUCUAAAGGACAGGGCUACCGUCAAGUGUAACCCCUCUCUUUUAGAGGACAAUGGUAUGGUUCAACCUGACAUGGGCAAAGAAGCCAAAGUGACCUCUCCGAUUCCUGAUAAGGAAAAAAACAUGGGGGUCUGCUCUACACCCCCUGCAGCCUCUCCUCUCACCAUCCAACGCUCCUCUACCACACAUCCUUCUCCUUCACCCUGUGCUCCUCCUCUUCCAACGGCCCAUUGUGACUUGGAACCUCUGGCCCAAGUGGAAGAGACAACAGAUCCCAAAACAGAGACUUGUGACUCAAAAUCCCCCGAGGACACUGUCAAGCCAUUUGCUUACGAAGCAGCUCUCCCAGAGGCCAUCUCGGAAACAAAGCCCUUGGAUGAGGCUAUGGAAGCCUCCGUCUCCCCCAUUAGCCAGCUGCCCCGGAUGUCUAGUCCACUGCAACCCCCAGAGAAGAGGGAUGGAGUCGAGAGCCAUUCCCAAGCUCAGGGUGAGCAGGCCAGCCUAGAGAUGCCUAGCCUACCCCCUUCUAGCUCGUCCUUUCUAGACGGGUCAACAACAGCAAGAGGACUGGAGGGAGAAAGCCUGGAGAAGAUCCUUUCCUUCAGCAACCAGGUGUCCCAUGCCCUGAUGCGUUCACUGCACUCCUUGACCCCUCCUUCCCCCUGCCAUGCAGCGCUGGGUAACCCUGGGUCAGACCCUUCCCCUGGAGCCCCUCCAGCCCGGAGCCCAGAGGAGCCUGACCGUGCGACAAACAGCUCCCUCUCCCCUAGCUCCAAAAGCAACGAGAAUUGUUUCUCUGUCAGCCUAGCUGAGUUGAGAGAGUGCACCAUCGAGAGAGGAGAGGAGGGUGGGGACCUAGUUUUGCAUCCGUCCCCGUCUGCAUCUGCCCACUCAGUUAUCUCAGCCAUCCCUCCACAGGAAAUACAGAACAUGAUCCAGGAAGUCAAAGCUCUGGAUGAGGAAACACUGAAGCAAUUUCAGGAUAUUCAUGUGGUGAUCCUGCACAAGGAUGAGGGAGCCGGUCUUGGUUUCAGCAUUGCAGGUGGGAUAGACCUGGAGAGCAAAGCCACCACAGUCCACCGUGUGUUCCCUCACGGCCUGGCUGCCCAGGAGGGGACCGUGGAGAAGGGGGACGAGGUGCUGUCCAUCAAUGGGCAGACACUGAGGGGCGUGACCCACGCCGACGCCACCGCUGCACUGCGCCAAGCCCGUAACAUGACACUGGCCGUGGUGGUGGUGAGCAAGGGGAGGGAGGAGGGCGGAGGAGCAGGAGAAGGGAGCAAGGCUGAUGACUUGUCUGUCAACAGCAGCAGUGCAGACCUCAACACCGCAGUUGAGGACGGAGGAUCUUUGCUGACGGUGGAGUUGGAGAAAGGAGGAGGGGGCGUGGGCUUCAGUUUGGAAGGCGGGAAAGGAUCUAUUAAUGGAGACAAGCCCCUGGUCAUCAACAGGAUAUUUAAAGGUGGCGCUGCAGAGCACAGUGGUUUGCAGUCAGGGGAUGAACUGCUGCAGGUCCAGAGCACCUCCCUUCAGGAACUGAGCCGCUUUGAAGCCUGGAACAUCGUCAAGGCUCUGCCUGAGGGACACGUCACUUUAGUCAUACGGAGGAGGGAUUACAAGAUGGAAAGCUCAGCCUGAUGGACAUGUCACUGCAAUCACCCGGAGUGGUGCGUUGUGUCUGGAAAUUAGUCACAUCUAAAAACAAAUAUGGAUGGUCAAACCAUUUAAAGACGGAUUCGGACAUUUGUGGUCGUUGGUUGUAAUAGUUGCUCUGUUGAGAGCGGGCCCUCAUAAACGUUAUAAAUGUAAUGUACAGACGUAAAAAAUAUGGCCGCCUGGAUUUUUUUAUUUUAUUCAUUGAUGAAAGUAACCUAAUUUAACAAAUCACACAAAAACAAACCUAGAAAGAAUUUAAGCAUUUUAAAAAAACUAACGCAAUUUCCUCAUGCAAAAAGGUAAUAUACCCCUCUCUUUGCAUCACAUUAAAUGGCUAAAAUUUGAAUCAGGUACCCAAUGUGAAAAUGAAAGAUGUUCAUAGAACCCCAGGGUAACAUCAAGAUAUCUACAGCCCAUGUCAUUCUGACAUGCAUAACUCAAUUCAGAAUGAAACUGCACACACCUGGCCUAACUGGGAGGUUUAAAAGGAAUUAACCUCUGCUCUAAACAAAUAAUAUCAAGACAUGACUGAUGUGGAACAAAGUGCUCUGGGCAGAUUAGUCAAAGGUGGAGUUGUUUGGUGAAAACAAAAUACUGCCUUUGAACAGAAGAACCUCAUACCAACCUUAAAGCAUGGAGGAGGUGGCAUUACGGUAUGGAGCUGCUUUACUGGUUCAGGGCCAAACUUGCCAUUAUUGAAUCAACCAUGAAUUCCAUACUGUACCAGAUAAUUCAUGAGGAGAAUGUGAGUCAAUCUGUCAAAAAGCUGAAACAAAAAUGGAUAUUGCCAGGACAAUGGCCCAAAAACUAGAAGCAAAGCAACAGAAAAACAAGAAAUAUAGGGUUAUGGAAUGGUUGAGUCAAAGGCCAGAUCUCAAUCCUAUUGAAAUGCUGUGAAAGCCCACAAACAUAACACAGUUGAAAUACAUAGUACUGCAAAGAAGGAAGGCCAAACAUUUCUCUAUCACUCUAUGUAAGAGACUGAUAGUUACAAGAAAUGGCUACAUAAAGUUAUUUCUACCAAAGUAGGAAACCACAAGCCAUUGAAGCUUGGGGUGUACUUAUUUUUUCUGCACCAUGAAAUUGCAUUUUUGUUGAUUUUCUUUUUAAUGAUUGCAAAGUAUAAUCUUUCAGUGUAAUUUGUUUAAGUAGGUUGCAUUUAUCUGUCAACAGUGAAAUUAAGAUUACAUAUCCAUACGUCCAAAUAUGUUAAAAAAAGAAUCCCAAGGGGUUUAUUGUUUCACAUGACUGAAUGUGAGGUGUUUAACAUCAGAAGAAAACAGAGAUAGCUGGGAGGAGGUGGUACAAGCUAAGCAACCAGUGUUGAAUCUUGAUUCCUGAUUUUGUCUGUCUACAUAGCAUAUACUAAAAUCACAAUCAGAUGACUAUUCACCUUUUGGUCAUCUGCGCCAGUCUAAAGAUAUUGCAGUCAGUGAGACAAAUUAGGGAGAAAGGAAGCAUUUUAAGAAUGCGUAAUAAACAUGGCUAGCGGCGCCUUAUGAUCAGAUCUAAACAAUGGUCUCAAUAGAAGAUGUUUUUUCAGGGGUGAAUGUAGCAUAUUGAAAUGUGUGAAAUGUACUCCUCAGCUUUGAAUGUUCACGUUUGCGCUGCACAAUUGCUUGUUUUUGAGUUGUCACACCCAACAGCAGAGUUGCUAGAGGGGGGUCACAUUUCUGAAGCAGAGGUACCGAGUUUGAGACAGGUAUCUGCCAAAUCAGGAGAUCAACUUCACGUUGCUUUAGGUGCUUCUAAGUGACUGCAGCAUCAUCUACAUCGUGGAAGGCAAUAAUAAUCAAACAAUAUUUUGUUUGACCAUCACAUGUCAAUUCUAAAGCUACUGGGAUACAUAAGUGAUAUUUGAAACCUUGUUUUACCCACAUUGUUUUCAGUUUGAACACAUUUAUUUCAUGUGUACAAUUUAGAAAACACUUAUCCAGAGCGAAAGACACGACUGCCUACCAUUUCAUAUUGCUCCCCUCCCUCAUGGGAAUCAAACCUAUAACCCUGUCAUUACAAAACAUACAUAAAGGAAAACGUUUAUGAAUAACACAGCUAUUUUGAUACUGCCACAUCAGUCGGAGCCGUGCUGUUGGAAGAUGACUGGCAUGUCAGCUGAUGCAGCUUCACUAGGCAACUCUUAUCUCCUGUUGGCUUUGUUAGGCUCAAAUGCCAUGUUUGUAGCAGCCUUUUAUAUGAAUCUGAUAAAAUAUCACUGUUGAGAUAUCUUACAAUUUUAGUACACAACUAACUACAAUUUCACCAAUAGAGCCAUUUUUGCAUACUUUUAAAGUAAUUUCUGGGUCACAAUAAAGUAUACCAUACUUAGGAUAAAGCCCCUUCCUGAAACCUGCUCUUCAGAAGUGUUAGUUUCAUCAGCAGUUGUAAAAUAUAUUAACUACAUGAAAAAUAUAACUGAUUGCAUUAGGCAUGGACAGUUCAGACACCAACAUGACUAAUCAUUGGUGUGUAUGAGCAUUUCAUAAGAGUACAGUAAACAUAGUUAUGAAUGCUAUAUAUUUUAUAUCAAAUCAUAUUUCAAUGAAGAGCGGUGAGUUUACAGGUGCUUUGAAAGCCUUUAUGUAUCCAGAACUUCAGGGACCACAGUUAGUAUGAGAUUUUCACACAGUUAAAGCAUUUACAUAACCUUUCUGUUGCUUUGGACUGUUAGAAAGUGUAUAUGUGAUGUGAAUUUGUCACACAAUCAAAUACCAUGCAGUAAUGUUUGAUAUGUUGGAACGAUUUUCUAGACCAAAGACUGAAACUUCAAACCAAAAACAGAACAUCAAAAUGAAGGUCAAACCAAUAGUUGCAUUACCACAGGAAGACCUGUUUGUAUCUUUUUUCUACUAAUCUGUAUUUUCACCAACAACAUUAGAUUUUUUCACAUCAGGUAAUUUCAGCGCUUUACUGAAGCUCUGAAGCGUUUUUUUUUUUUUUGCCAAGUCUAAGUUUAUUUAGUUUGAAAAACUAAUUUAAAUGUACUAAGAUAAUUAUUUGCGCUUAAUUUCUUAUGCAGUAAUAGCGCUUAAUUUCUUAUGCAGCACAGUUGUGCUUGUCAGACCAUGCAAUGGUUUUUGCAGCCAUUCAUCAUUAUUCUACCAAUUGAUGGGCAUAAUUCAUUGAUACUUCUCAAAGGCCCGUAAACUUAAAUGUACGGGUGCAUGUUUUGAUCCCGCCCAGACGACUCCAAUAAAUUGAUUUCCUGCGUUGGUUAGACUGGAAAGUUAACAGGACCUUUAAUAUCCUAAAGCAAGGCUGCUUUUGAAUGUCAGUGCAUCAAGUGGGUGAUUGAAGAGCAGUGCUAUGUCAGAAAUAGAAACUAUAGGUAUAAAAUGUGGAUGUGGAUGAUUCAUGUACCCAGAUGUAUAAAAUCAGAUACAGGAUUCAACCCAUAGCUCUUCUCCUCACUCAAUCACCCACCUAAUACUCAGGCAUUCAAAAACAGAUGUGUUUUAGGCUAAGAGCUAUCAAUGGAUAACAAGUAAUUUAAAAAAAGAUACUACAGUAAGUCAUUCAAACAAAAUACUAAGUAGUUUAAAUGAGAAACUUGUAUUUUUGGCAAAAAUAAAAUACAUUACCUUGGUAUUCAGGGCUUUCGUAGCACUGAUUAAAAAACCAAUUAGUUCAAGCUGAGCUGUAUUUACAGUCAAUUAUGUAACUAAAGUUGAGCAGAUUUGACCUUGGACAUUAAGAAAAAAAAUGUGUACAAAAAUCAAUUGGAAUGUACUAUAGAUAUGAAACUCUUAUGAAUGUAUAAAGCUUAUAAAGAUAUAUUGAUAAAUAAUUUA